CUUUAUUAGCUAAUAGAGUUUGAAAUGAUUCGUGAAGUCUCGCUACAAGACUUGAUGAGCGGACAUGGAGCUGAAAUAAUGAAAAUUCUCUCACUAUUGUUACAUCCAGUGAGGCUCUCGGCUUUAAUAGUCAGCAUGUUUGAGGUUUGCAAAAUUCUUUUGGAUCAUAUCAAGGUUUCUCAUACCAAAUUCCUUCAAGGAAAACAGAUGUAAUGGAUUUACUGCUUGAGAUAUAUUCGAGUUGUCCAUGACAGAGGGCUAUUCUGUUAGCAUAUACUUACAAACACGCCAUCUGCAUUGGGCGCAUUUAAAGCUUGCGAAGAAUCGCAUGACCAUGUAUCAUAUCAGACAUAGUGUUAGAAAUAAGGUUCUAUUGGGCUGCUAGUAAAUUGAGAUGAUAAGUUACACAAGACAUUUACCAGCAACGCAAUCAACCCCAAAUCUUUAACCUAGUUAACAAGCCGUCCAACCACCGGCAAGCGAUAAUCUUCGCGGUCCUGAACAUCGAUUCAGUAUGCGAAAAAUUGGCGCUCUAACGCGUGGCAAGCGAAAGACCAUUUAAGAGAACCGACUACAGAAUUUUUGGCCUUUUCAAAGCGAUGCUAACCCUUAGUUGUUUUUCGAAUGUCAGAUCUUGAAUGAUUAUGCCUAAUCCAGAAGCUAUAUCAACUAGACUGUCUGACUGCUGCAGAUAUAAAUGCUGAUUAAUACACACUCAUCAAAAAUAUAUUUGUAUUUUAAGUGGCGGGAAUAAGCAACUCUAUCAAGUCUGUGAAAAUGUACACACUUACUGAAGAGUUGACAGGAAAUAUUUCUCCACAACCUGUGAGUCAAAUAUGUUGGUACUGCAGAUUCUAAGUUAUUGCUCAAUGUAUUUUUUAGUCCUUGACUUGUUGUUGUUGAGACGAGUUCUGUGCGAUAUGACAAAUGACAAAUCUUCCAAGAAAUCUUCACACUGUGCUCCAUAAUUUUCACCACCUCAAGAGACCAUCCGUACCGCGAAUGUACAUUCUGCUGUCUAUGGACAAGGACACGCUAUUUGGCUUUAUAGAAAGAAGUAUGCGAAGUUGCUCAAAACUUUUUGAAUCCUCCAUU